UUCAGAAGUCGGUAGAUCUUAUUCCAAAAAAAAAAAAAUGGAAUUCCCAGGGCACCACCAUCGCCACCACCACCGUCGUGACGACGAUGAAGAGCGUGGACUCUACGCGCCACCGCCUCCAAACGCCUUUUUUACCGCCGCUCCUCCGCCACCGCCUCAAUCCUACCACCCAGGAACCCAUUUCGCCCCACCGCCUCCGCCGUACCGCGGUGAACCUUUCGCGCCACCGCCGCCUGCCGGCGUCCACUUCACAGCCGCUCCUCCGCCACCUCCGUCGUUCGGUGGGGCGACCCAUGUCCACCACACCAGCGGCGAGCCGUAUCCGGCUCCGGAGUACCGUUACGGAGGCUACGUGGCGCAUCCGCCGCCGCCUAAUCCGACCUUCGAGAGCCAGGGAGGCGAUUUCACCGGAGUAACCCACGUCUCUCACAGUCCAUCGCAUCAGACCCACUCUUCUGUUUUCCACCAGAGCCAUGAAGCGAACCGUCUGCCGGCAAAUCUUGCCGGGCUCGCCGGUAGACCCACCGUGAAGGUUUAUUGCAAGGCGGAGCCUAAUUACUAUCUGGCGAUCAGAGACGGGCAAGUCAUUCUUGCUCUAUCUGAUCCUUCUGAUGAGGCACAGCAUUGGUACAAAGACGAGAAAUACAGCACGAGGAUCAGGGAUGCUGAGGGGUGCCCUUGUUUUGCUCUCAUAAAUAAAGCCACGGGUGAAGCUUUGAAGCACUCUAUUGGAGAAACUCAACCCGUGCAGCUGAUUCUGUAUGAUCCCGAUAGGCUCGACGAGUCUGUGCUGUGGACAGAGAGCAAGGACUUGGGUGACGGGUACCGUACUGUAAGGAUGGUUAACGAUAUACGGCUGAACGUGGAUGCAUAUCACGGUGACCAGAGGUCUGGUGGCGUCCGUGAUGGCACACUCAUCGUCCUCUGGAGCUGGAACAAGGGCGACAACCAGAGCUGGAAGAUCGUUCCUUUCUGAUAACUCCGGUUUAUGGAACUAUGUUGUGGGGAGUUUGGUGAAUAAAAGAAGAAAGUACAUUUUCUAUGUACGUUUCUUCUCAUGUUUGGUCUGUUGUUUGUCUUGUUGAAGUGAAAAUAAUGUAACAUGGAUCUCUCCCCUCUUCCGAAGGAAGAGAGACGUGUGUCGGAUUUCUAUUUACAAUUUGGUAUCUUUAUUUGAGAUGGAUAUUUCGGGGUUUUCUUUUAUUUUGAUCUAA